AUGGCAUCGAAGCCCCACUAUUACCGAGCUUUGGAUCAUGCUAAUGCUGGUUUUGCGACAGGGACUUACCACCUCAAAGAUGACUUGCACCUCGCAACACCUCCUCCACAUCCUUCCGAGGCCCCCGUCGUAAAUCCUAACCCUCUUGCGACUGUCCCAACCCCCCCAACAUCCGGCGUCAAGCUGUCGCUGGUUACUGUUGGCCAACGAAACAAGAUUCCUGUGUUUACCUUGAAAGAGAAAGUGACUGCGCCACCAUUCGCAGAUGGCAACCCUGCUUUAGCGGCCGUCCCUACAAAAGAUGGCUUGAAAAGACGGAAGCCCAAGAAUAACAUCAUAAAGAGCAGUUCGUCAUUUGUCUCGCGGGUUAUCACUCAUGAGGCUUCUUCCAAACGACUCAAUGAUCGGAACCCUGACGGUCUGUUCGCCUUCGCUAAUAUCAAUCGGGCAUUCCAGUGGUUGGAUCUUAGCUCAAAAAACAAAGAGGAACCGCUGGCGAAAAUCCUCUUCACCAAAGCGCACAUGUUGACACAUGAUAUCAAUGAGCUAACAAAAAGCUCUUCUCAUAUCGACAUUGCUAUGGGCUCGUCGGCUGGCGACAUAAUCUGGUACGAGCCUAUCUCCCAGAAGUAUGCACGGAUCAAUAAGAAUGGAGUCGUCAGCAAUUCUCCAGUAACGCAUAUCAAAUGGAUUCCUGGGUCAGAGAAUAUGUUCAUGGCUGCGCAUGCAAAUGGACAGUUGGUCGUAUAUGAUAAGGAGAAGGAAGAUGCGCUUUUCACGCCUGAAAUUAGCAAUCAUUCCGCAGAGGCGAUGAAAGCAUCUAGUCGACUACCGCUGCAGGUGCUGAAAUCAGUAAACUCCAGGAACCAGAAAACUAACCCGGUUGCAUUAUGGAAACUUGCCAAUCAGAAGAUCUCCCAGUUUGCCUUCUCUCCGGAUCAAAGGCAUCUGGCCGUGGUUCUAGAGGAUGGGUCGCUCCGCGUGAUGGACUAUCUUAAAGAAGAUUACUAUGGAGGUUUGAUAUGCGUUUGCUGGUCACCUGACGGCAAAUACAUUGUGACGGGUGGCCAAGAUGAUCUGGUGACGAUAUGGUCAUUUCCGGAGCGCAAGAUCGUCGCACGAUGCCAAGGGCACAAUUCUUGGGUCUCUACCGUUGCAUUCGACCCAUGGCGCUGUGACGAGAGGACAUACCGGUUUGGGAGUGUUGGGGAUGAUUGCAGGCUGCUACUAUGGGAUUUCAGUGUGGGCAUGCUGCAUCGCCCUAGAGCUCAUCAAGCUACCGCCCGGCAGCGGUCCAGCAUGAUUGCAAGCAAUACACAGCACUUCAAUCGCCACAGAGCCGACAGUGCAAGCAACCGGAUGAGGUCGGAUUCCCAACGAACUGCAGACACUUACAAUGAUUACGACUCUGCUGUCCGUCAUCCGGUAGAACCUAGGGCUCGGACAGCCCUAUUACCACCUAUAAUGUCAAAAAUCGUCGGGGAUGACCCUAUCUGCUGGUUGGGAUUCCAAGAAGACUCGAUUAUGACCUCUUCUCUUGAAGCAGCAACUGACAUAACUGAAGGUCACAUUCGCACCUGGGAUCGCCCACGAGAAGGUAUUAAUGAUAGUUACAAUGGUAACACCUCGUCGCCCGCGAUCAGUACCAGUGCCGCCGGGUCUGGGUCGGGCAUAGCAGACUCGGCCAUGGGCUCAUUAUAUACCCAUUUGAACGUGACCUAUAGCUUCUUUGAAUAUCACCUAAUAGUAGGGGUCAAGGAAAGCUCUCUACGCAAUGGACCGAGUUUCGAAGGGCGGUACGUUAAGGAAGAAUGGAAGUUUAACCUCCUAUGCGAGACCCGACGCCUCAGCAAGAAGUGCUAUUACCAUCCAGCUCCUAUGACAAAGCCGAGCAAAGUCCCUGCAGGCGAACCCGAUGUUGCUACUUGCAGAAGUAUCAACCAAGAUAUCGAUUCUUCCCUCAUCAGUGACCUCACUGAGGUACCACCAUUAAGCUGUACUUACCUCGGGUCAACAAGCUUCCUGUCAGUUUUCCGUGACACGCAACCAGGCUUGUCUCCAAACCCCAUACCGCAUGCAGUCCUACGAGGGCGAUGGAGCCGUGAUCAUACGUAUGUGGCAUCGCGUCUGGUUCAGCUACUGUCUGCCUUUGAGCUCUGCGAAGAGUUGCUUAUAGGUCACUAUGAGCGAUGCCCGUGUACUAUCAUCCCGCUGCAACUCAUUCUACAGCCCCUCAAAAUGGCCAGGACCUACUUAGAAUCAGGCGGCUGGGGCAAGGAUCUGCAGCCGUUUCCUGAUCCUCGUAGUCCCUCAAGCGCAUGGGACUUUUACACUCUAUUCACCGGCGCAAACCUGAGAUGGGAGUUCAUAGGCAUCAUAUUUUCCUUCGCAGGAUUAGGCGCAUUAAGUAGCGAAAGAAAGCUGUUCAAAAUCGAUGGUCAAGGGUCGAUGUCUGCCAAUGCAUUUGCAGAAGAAAUGACUGCAGCAAGUACCAUGUGUAUCGAGAUAUGCAAGCAACUUGAUAAAGUUAAUGACUUGAUGCUAUGGUUAUAUGUAAUACAUAGCGCGCUCGCCUCAGAUAUCUUCGGAGAAACAAGCCAUCGCAACUAUGAGCAGCUUGGCGAUCUGGUGUCCCAUGUUUAUGCCCUGGGUCUACAUCGCCUCCAGUCGCCCGACAAUGACGUCCCUUUCUUCAUCGCCGAGACUCGAAAGAGGAUUUUCGGUGUUGCAUACCGUUGGGACAAGAAUUCGGCUACCCUUUUUGUUUUAGAACUGUCACUGGGACGAAGAACCCCAGACUUUACCGAGAAGCUUCGAACAACCUACGAACAGUGCCUGCAAAUGUGGUCACAAAUUCCCCAAGAGUAUCACUAUAGCGCAGACUCCUGGGGGAGGCUAAAUCCCCGUUCAUGCGUUUCAAUUAUACUCGUUUAUUUGGAAUACCUGUACACGGUGUUUCAAGUAGAGCGGAUCCGCUGUCGCGAAAACCAGGACUAUACGAAGGAUCUCCUUGACACAUCAAUGAAGGUACUUUCCGUGGUCAACGAUCUUAUGAAACAUCGCGAACAGGCAGGCAAUAAUAUUAUCAAGAGUUUCUUCUGCAUCCUUCUUUUCAAUGCCCUUCCAACUGCAGGCGCCCUCGCCACAGAAGUACAUCGGUGCACUAUCGCAGAAAUUCCCCUACCCUGCUCUGCGUCCCGCUCCGAGAUCAUCCGUAAACUAAGCGUCUUCGUCGCAUGGCUUGGUAGCGCUGAUCCUUCCAUAAGCCACACUCAUCGAAUAUGCGUGGAUAUUAACAAAGCCAUAACGAAAUUGCUAGAUGACACUUUGAAUUAUCGGCCUUCGUGUCGAUCUGCAGAGCAAAUGCUAGGCCCUAUCCAGGGCCACGAACCGUCAGAAGAAAGCUCUUCUGGCUCCGUGAUGCCCUGGGCGAAUGUCGCGGAUCUACCAGACUUAGCGACUUUCGGCACUAGCGCUGACUUCCUCAGCUGGUUGGAUGACCUGGGAUUUGGAUCUACCCUACCUGAGCUUUUUGUAUAA